AUGUUUCAAGAAGUUUGUCCAGCUGCGACAGAUGGACAGAAAUUAACAAGUUCUCAUUCAGUACGUCAUGUGUCUGAGACUUUUAAGUCUAAUUCAAAUAUGGAGCAGAUAAAGAGUUACAUCAAAAUAUAUGUGAAUGAACAAAUUGCUGAGCUGAAAACACUAAUCUCCAAUAUACCUGGUGAGGUCAUUAAAGCAUUGAAGAAAGAAGAGAAUAAAGAAUCUCCGGAGGAGAAAAUUGUUCAUCAACAAGAAGGUGCGGAAGAAGGAUCAAAAAUAAAUGACAAUUUUUAUAAGAAUGAUUUGCCGCAUGAAGAUGAGUACACGGGACCAGUCAUUCACAUAACAAAUGAUGAACCAUCAGUACUUAAACCUUUGGAAAUAGAGAUCCAAGAUUGUGUCCACAUUCAUACUGAAUGUCCAAUAAUAGCUGAGGUUCAAUUCAACCAGAAGGAUGAGCAUAAUGAUGCAAUAGAAGCAGGUUGUACUGAAUAUCUGACCAUACAACAUAGCCCUCAAAUGAAACAUUUAGAGGAUGAUGUGAAUGCCAUAAUAAUGAAAUCUGUUCAAGAUGCUUUAGACGCACUAAAAUUUGGGUUGUCAACACCUUCGAAUACAAACAAAUUCGAUGUUGUUACACCAAAUUUAGUGACGGAAAGCCAGUGGUCACUUCCAGAUAGUCAGUUUCCACCUGACUUUCCUGAUGUACAAAAAUCACCUGUAAAAAGAGACAGGAAAAAAUCAAAGAUUUUUAGGUCACCAUACAUCACAAAAUUUGGAUCGAACUCUAAAGAUGAGGGCGAUUCUGAUAAUGAAGAGAAGCAGAGGAAACAAACAGACAAUCACUAUCUAAAAAAUGCUUCAGGAUUAGGUUAUCCUCUAUUGGACUUUAUUGUUGCACAAACACUCUCAAAAAAUUGGUUCUACUUGAUGUCGCAACUCAAAAUGUCUUGGAAUGAUGAGAUAUCCACGCAAAAAGGCUAUGCAGAAUUUGUUGUUUGUGCUUCUAAUGAAAUCUCUAUAACAAAUAUAAUUAAUGGAUUUUGUAUUCCUGCGGAUUUACCAUGGCAUUUGAUUGAUGAGGUAUAUGUUCUUGUUAACUGUGGAAAAGAAUAUCACUGGGUAUUGGCUGUAAUUGUGUUAAAUGAGAGAACAAUACGUGUGUAUGACUUAUUGUCAAGCAAAAACAAAAGUGAACCACCAACUGAAAUACGAAAGUUAGCAGCCAUGUUGCCUACUUACUUGUCGGACAGUGGUGUUUUUGAAAAGACUGAAAGAAUAAUUGGUCAACACUUAAAGCGUACGAAGGGAAGCUUAGUCUGCAAACUGGGCAGCAAGUCCAUUCAUGUGAGUUUGAAGCUGCUAGUCAACGUGCACGGUAUGCUUCGUUACUAUGGCAUUACGGAGUGA